AUGCUUUGGUUAUUACGAAACUCUAGGAAAACACACACACACACACACACUUCCGAACGGUCAAGUUUUAACCAAAGCAGUCUCCACUUAAUUGACACGACACAAUCGCACACACACACUCACGCACACGCUCACACACACUCACGCACACACACACACACACACACACACACACACACACACACACACACAACACACACACACACACACACACACACACACACACACACACACACACACACACACUCGCGCACGCACGCACAUACACACGCACACACUCUCUCGCACACACUCUAG